GUGGCUGCACAGCAGCAGGAGUCAGCCACGACGCAGAAGGCAGAGCGGGAGGUGUCGCGCAUGGUGGUGGUGAUGGUGGGUUCGUUCUGCCUGUGCUAUGUGCCCUACGCUGCCCUCGCCAUGUACAUGGUCAACAACCGCGAGCACGGCCUGGACCUGCGCCUGGUCACCAUCCCUGCCUUCUUCUCCAAGAGCUCCUGCGUCUACAACCCCAUCAUCUACUGCUUCAUGAACAAACAG